GGAAGUUUAGGCAACAAAGAGACCGACCUGCAGUAGGAAACGUCCAUCGACAGUUCGCCGCAACCUUCCACCCCCAUACAUGGCAAAGCGAUCAUCGGAUCUGAUCAAGGCGGCCUUUCUAAGCAUCUUCUCUCUCGCGUCAGCUUUCCGGAUCCUGCCUCAUCCUGCAAGAACGAGGGCACCACUGGACAGGCGGUGGCAUGCGAUGGCGAUGAGUGCGCUGCCCAUGUCUGAUGACGCCUUGCACCUCGACCUCUUUGAGCGCACCUGGCAAUCGUUGGACUGGCGUGUCGUCAUGGCGAGCCUGGCCGAGGCCGCCUCCACUUCGCCCGGCAGACGGCUGGCUCGUAGCGCGUCCUUUGCAGGAUCUCACGACGAGUGCCUGGUUCUAUACGAGCAGGUCGGGGAUGUACGGCGGCUAUCGGAGCAGCUUCCCUUCGCCACCUCCCUUGAUAUAGGUACAUGCACAUGCAGGUCCACAGCAUUGACAUCAUGGACGCUUUUUCGUGCUGUGCAGAGCAUCUGGUGAAUGUGAGUGACGAGGGAAGGGCGCGUUCAUCUUUCAGCCUGCCUGAUCUCUAUCGGAUUGGCACAGCCCUGGACGAUGUGACGCAUCUGAAGGGCUGGUUGAGCGCCGCGCAUGACCGCUUGGUUGCCGCGGCCAAGAGAGAGAGUGACAGGGGCAUCGGCUCGCUGCUGGAGUUAAUGGAGCCCGUGCAGCUUGACAGCGAGCUGACAGAUCUGUUCAAUGGAGCCUUUGAGGGUGAAAAGCACAUACAGUACUUCACCGUAUGAGGAUCAUCCAUUGUUCGAUUGUCCCCCUCUGUUUCUUUCGCCAGGGAGUGAGGACAGUCCCGUGCUAUCUGGCAACAGGUUUCCCGAGCUGCGCCGUCUGCGCGAAUCAAUCGCCCGGCUGGAGAUGUCCUUGCAGGUGACAGAUCUCGUCGAUGCACUUCUGAGCUCUUCACAGGAGGGCCGUGUGAUUGUGUCUGCAGGCGCGCAUCGAACAGAUUGCCCGGCGGCCGGAGUUGCAGCCGAAGCUUGCCGACGGCUCCGGGGGCAAAUGGAGCCGAACAGAUACUGGCCGCUUCGUGAUUGCCGUCCAGCGACGCUACAGGAAAGGACUGGGGAUCUCCCAUGACUUCUCCGGGAGCGGCAAGACAGUCUACCUCGAGCCCGCAGAGCUCGUGGAGCCCACCAAUGAGCUGAUGGAGGCACGAAUGUCUCUGCGCAGCGAGGGGGCCCGGAUUUGCUCAGAUAUGUCGUGGAUGGUCACAAGACAUGCCGUCGCCAUCGCCAAUGCAGUCGAGUGUGCUGGGAGGGUGGACCUUGCUCAGGCAAGGUAUCUGCUGGGAGAGAAGAUCGGCGGCACCAUACCAACUGUCGGCACUGAGGGGAAGAUCCACAUCGAUCAGUCCAGGCACCCAGUCCUGGCUCUGCGCGGCGUCGAACCCACAGCCAAUGAUAUCUCGCUCGGCUUCGACUAUGAUGCUCUUGUGCUCACGGGGCCGAAUGCGGGAGGGAAGACGGUCGUCCUCAAGACUCUGGGCCUGUUUGCGCUGUUUGUGCGGUAUGGCCUUCCCGUGCCGGCAAUGGAUGGAGCACGGGUGGAUUGGUUCAACCCCAUCCUGGCUGACAUUGGUACGCUCACAUUCACGCACAACGUUGCGCACAGAGGCAGGCACAUCACGAGAUGACAUUGUGAUGUACGUAUCAUCUUCGCGUGUGUGCAUUCCAAUGGCAUGCAGGCGACCUUCAGACAGUCACCGGAGACGUCAGCACCUUCUCGGGCCACCUGCUCGUCUCUAAGGUGAUGACGAGCAAGCAGGAUCAAUAAUGUCAGUCGCACAUCCCUGUCUGCAUAUGCUCGCUUGUACAGGCUGUGCUUGAGCGUGCGGGUCGUGGUGCGCUGGUGCUGAUGGACGAGAUGGGGACGGGCACAGACCCUUCCCAGGGAGCCGCACUCGCGCAGGCGCUGCUCGAGACCCUGGUCGACAGCGGCUGCAAAGUCGCCCUCACCACUCACUUCUCUCAGGCAAGCGCACCAUAUAUACACAAGACCCACCGAUGACAUACGUCAUUCCUAGUACGCCGUUGCUCUCUGUGUGCCCCCCUUCGCCUCAUUCGAUCGAUCAGCUCAAGGAGCUCGCAGCGAGUGAUCGCCGGUUUCGCAUUGGUGCGAUGGAGUGGAUGCAGGGGCGGCCCACCUACCGCCUCAAGCUGGGCAUGGUUGGCGAGUCGUUGGCACUGGACGUCGCCGAGCGGCUGCGGCUGCCGAGCAGUGUGCUCGAUCGUGCGCGGUUGCUCCUCGAUGAGGACACGCGGCGGCUGACUGAACUGGUCAAGGAGCUGGAGCACGAAAAAGAGAGUGUGAGGUCGCUCAAGCAGGAGCUUAAGAGGGAGACCAAGAGGACGGAAGCGCUGCAGAGGGAGCUGGAGGUCGCCAAGGAACAAGUGGAGCAAUCGAAAGAGGAGGUCAGGAGACGGAUAUCCAUAAAUGCAUACGCCAGCGAUCUAAGUGAUGUAUUGUGAAUGUACCGACCCGUGGGUGCAUAUCGUGCAUGUGUGCAGGUGUUGUUCGAGACGGCCAAGAUCCGACUCGCUACUCUGGAGUCCGAGGAGGGCGAGCUGCGAUCCCUUGUGUCGCGGCUGAAGGAGGAGGAGGACCUCAAGCUUGCCGAGGCUGCUCUGCGCGAGGCGGAACGGCUAAAGCUGAUCGCCAAGGAGAAAGUGGACAAGGGCAGGAAACUGCCAACCGGAUGGGUGAAGGCGGCAAAGGUGGACAAGGGCGAUGAGGUGUAUGUGCUCAAAGGCCCGCUAGCCGGCAAUCGCGGCAAGGCAGUCAAGAGGGGGGGGCGCGGCGUGGUGACAGUGCGUGUGAAUAAGGGCGGGGGGCGGGAUGUCAAUGUGGAGAUGCCUCCGGACUACCUCGCCGUGAGGCGGACGGCCGCCAGUGGCGGCAAGGGCGGGGAAAAGGGGGCGAGGGGAGGCGCGAGUGCUCUGGAUAAGCGAGUGCUGGAGAUAGAGAGGAAGAAGGCACUGCUCUUCGGAGGGAACAAGAGAUAGCUAGUCUCCAUGCAUCUUAUACCGACGCUCUUUGUCCAUCUCUUUCUGCCUACCACUAUCACAAGGCAGACUUCCUGUCCUGCUCAAACUUUCGGUGGAGCUCCUUGCGCC